AUGGCCUUGUGCACCUGGAAGGAAAUAUUUCGGACAAGGCCCAAUCCAAAUUUCACAUGUCUAAUUACGUGUAUUUUGACAUUUCAAAACAACAACUACAACUAUGGGCCAUGUGGAAGAGCCAUCGGAGUGGACCUUUUAAACAAUCCUGAUUUAGUAGCCACAGACCCAGUCAUCUCAUUCAAGACAACUAUCUGGUUCUGGAUGACCCCUCAAUCACCAAAGCCUUCUUGCCACGAUGUCAUCAUUGGAAGAUGGAACCCAUCUUCCGGUGACCGAUCAGCCAAUCGUCUUCCUGGAUUUGGUGUCAUCACAAACAUCAUCAAUGGUGGCCUAGAAUGUGGUUGUGGUAAUGACAACAGGGUACAAGAUCGAAUUGGGUUUUACUGGAGGUAUUGCGGAAUUCUUGGAGUUAGUACUGGUGACAAUCUUGAUUGCGGCAACCAAAGGUCUUUUGGCAGCUAA